GCAUUCACUUUGAAACACUAACUAUUUCAAGUAGCCCAAUUCGACAGUAAAGCAAUCUAAAAUCGAGACAUGAAUAAUUCUGGAAGUCUCUUCAUUUCAACCUUUUUAUUAGUUUUGACUCAAGAAGUUUUGUCGCAGUUUGAUUGCUACUCCUGUCAAGGGGGCUACACUACUUCCUGUGGGAGCGUGAAUGCACUUGGAGCAACUGAAAAAUGUGAAGGUCCUGAUGCUCAGUGCUAUGAAUCUAUUAAAUAUUUUCAGAGGGGUGUUAUCAGAUAUGUAGAGCGAAGAUGUUGGGUUCCUGACAAAAAAUCCAAGACUAAGGACUAUUGCUCAUCUUUCAACAAUCCGAAUGGUCAACUGAUAUAUUGUAAAACCUGCAAAACCAGCAAUUGCAAUACGCAUCCCUAUGGGACUUGCGGAUUAAAAGAUCCAAACCCUAACUCGAAUUUUACAGAUUUCCACUAUGUUGGCUUUGCCACUGAAUAAAAAAUAUCUAUCUGAUGUGAAAUAAAUUUUUGAAUGUA